AUGGACUUUCCCGAUGAAGAUGUUAUGGCUUUGAGAAUGAAUGACAGUGAUGAGCCACUUAUUGAAGAAGGUCUUAAGCCUGGAUCCAUUUGGGUUUUAGUGUUUGAUGGUGCUGUCAACGCAUAUGGACAUGGCAUAGGGUUUGUAAUUAUUACUCCUCGAGGUUCACAUAUACCUUUUGCAGCAAGGUUAGAUUUUGAUUGCACCAACAACAUCGUAGAAUACGAGGCAUGUAUCUUUGGUAUGGAAGAGUCCAUUGACACGCGUAUCAAAUUUCUCGAAGUGUUCGGUGACUCAACACUUGUCAUCAAUCAAAUUAAAGGAGAGUGGGAAACUCGUCACCUGUGUUUGAUCCCAUACAGAGAUUAUGCUAGAAGCUUGUCUACUUUCUUCACCAAAGUAGAAUUCCAUCACAUCCCUCGAGACGAGAAUCAGAUAGCAUAUGCUCUUGCUACACUGUCCUCCAUGUAUCAGGUGAAUAUGUAUAGAUAA